CAUGGACAAGCCUUUGAUCCAUCUUAUAUAAGAAUCAAAACUCUUCCCAAUCAAAGUUAUCAUAAAUUUUCUCUUCUAAUAACUUCAAACAUGAUCAAAUCAUUGUUCUACACCUUCCUUCAAACGAAACACCAAGAAGAGAACGUCGAUUCAACAGAUCCUAAUUAUCCACUAUUUCCUCAAGAGGUCGAGAUCCGACCCAUAGCUUAUUUCCCUUGGGAAAUCCUCAAGACCCUAACAAUUGAUGAAAUCAUAGAUAAGUUCCAACUUCCAAUGGAACAAAUCCGGGAUACUAUGCUUAGAGAUGUUUCAGAAGAUGUCAUAUCUCGCACAAAUUUUAUGAUUUGUUGCGCCGAAAUAUUGGUAAAAGAUCUCGAUACAAACACUAUCCAUCAAGUUAAAUUGUGGAAGCAUCCGAACGAAAAUAAUUUUGCACUACAUAAAUCUUGGAUCGAAGAAUUUGUGAAGAGGAGGAGGCUUGUGGAUGGCAUGGUGGUUGGUAUGUAUUGGGAUUUUGAGGCUACCAUGUUUUGUUUCUCUGUGUUAGAGGGAAGCAAAUGAGUCAAAAGAUUCAAAAUGAUCAAAAUGAGAUCUAGUAAGAAUAAGUUAUGUGAGACUUUUCUUUUUUUAUAUUUUGGGUUUUAAGAAUAAUCACUUUUGAUUUGUGUGAAAGUAUUUUGUUGUAUGUCCUUUAAUGAUAAAUGGAUAUGUAAUUAUAUAUUUUAGAGUUUAUAAAGAUAGUUACAGAAGCAUCGGAAGAUAGCUAACUGAACCUAUUUAUAGUCUAUGCAUCGUCAUUUUAAGUCAAAUAAUAUUUGAACGAAUAUGAAUUUGAA